AUGGCCUCCCCAAACCUCCCUUCACUGCCGACCGAGCUGAUCCAGGAGAUCACCCGGCACCUGGCCGCCUGCAGCCCGCCCUCCUCCCCCUGCGACAGCUCGCCCAGCCCGCACGACGGCCUCCUCUCGCUCCGCCAGACCUGCCGCCAGCUCCACGCCAAGACGCACCACCCCUUCCUGGACCGGCACUUCGCCCACCGCCGCCACCUCUUCACCGAGCACAGCCUCAAAGCCCUCGUCGCCCUCUCCAGCAGCACCUAUCCAGCCAUCACCCCCGACACCAACCCCAACCCCAACCCCGACCUCGCCCCCGCCGUCCGCACCCUCACCCUCAGCCUCCUCCCCUUCGAGCACACGCGCGACCGCAACGCCGCCCUGCACGACCCCACCAGCGCGCUGCACGUGCCGUGCCCCUACCGCCGCGCCGCCCUCGCCGUCUUCCUCGCGGCCCAGGCCCGCGGCCGCCGCGCCGGCGCCGACGUCGCCCUGCUCGCGUCCGCCCUGCGCCGCCUCCCCCGCCUGCGCUGCCUGCGCCUGCGCGCGAACGACCCCACGGCCUGCUGGGGCUAUCGCAAGCUGGGUCGCGAUCUGGGGUGGCCGGCGUAUAUGCAGGUGGGCGCGGGUGGGGGUGGUGCGGGCGGUGGUGGUGCGAUUUUGCCUGGGACGUAUGCGUUUGAGACGACGUUGGUGGCGGUUGCGGAGGCGGCGGCUGGGGAAGGUGAUGGUGGUGGUGGUGGUGCGGCGGUGCCGGCGCUUCGGGAGCUGGACGUUGAGGGUGGGUUGCCGCCGAGCGCGCUGGUGCUGGACGACCGAGACUUGGUGGAGCGGUUGCGGGCGCCGCUGGCACACGUGCGCGUGCUGACGCUGUUUGUGAGCCUGCCGCUGCGGACCGUCGUCAUCGGAGGGCCGGAUCACCAGCCGGCGGCGGGAGCAGCAGCAGCAACAGCAGCAACAGGGGCCGGGGUAAUAUCAUCAGCAGACUCAAUGGGCCGCGUCCCCGGCAGCAGCACCCACUUCCUCUCCCUCCUCCCCAACCUCGAAGUCCUCCGCCUCGGCGCCGCCCGCGGCCGCACCAGCAACCUCGACCACUUCCUCGCCGAAGUCUUCUCCAUCAGCAGCACUUGUGCCGUCGACGACGUCAUCGGCAGCACCCUCAAGGCCCUGCACCUCCUCCGCCUCGACUGCCGCCGCGCCGACGUGCUCGGCCCCGUCCUGCGCCGCUGCCCCGCGCUCGAGUACCUCGUCCUCGAGGACGGCGCCGCGCGCGCCUCGUGCUGGCGCCCCGCCAUGCGGUACGCGGCCGAGGGCCGACAUCCGAGUCUCGUGGGGGUGCUGUGCAAGAGGUUUGAGGUGCUGCCAGAUGACGAGGAUGACGAGGAGGGCGGGGAUGGCGAGGAUGGCGAUGGCGAUGGCACGGACGGCGGAUCAUUGGUGGGGGAAGGGUUGAUGACGGCGGGCGGUGGUGGUGGAGAAUUAGAUGGCGGGAGCUGGUCGCCGUUUUUGGAGUAUGAAGACGGCGGUGAGGCUGGUGGCGCGGCGAGGCAUCUCGUCGUGGAUAGGGAUGACGGCAUGGAUGACGACACGCGGUCGGGGCUUGGGGAGCGGCUUCCAUGGUGGGUGUUUUCGACGAAGGAGUUUUGGGAGAAGGAGAGGGUGCUUUUCCAGAUUCGCUGA